UGAAGUUGCAGAAGCCCUUGUCAAACAGCAUCCUUGUCUGAGGGAGCAGGGAUCCUUCAAUGGCUGUUAUGGUUGGAAAAUUAGCCUCAAGUAUAAAAUGGCCAAUGUCCGGACCAAACUGAGAGGCCUAGGCUGUGCUGAGGUGUUGGUAAAUUCACUAAAGAACAAGGCCCAAGACAAAAGUCAGGCAGCAUUGAAUGUGAAAAAGCCUAGAAGAGCAGAAGUCAAUUACUGUCCGCAGUAUCCAAAAGGAGAAACUACUGACAGCCUGGAAAAAGAGAGAAUUGCACUGCUUUCAGAGGUUCAGAAGAGAAACAAUGACAAUAUAGUGACAAUGAAAAUGCAGAAGACUUUUUCGUACAGAAGGCAAGAAGUUAUUCAAGGACAGCCCUUCAUUGCAGAUUUUAAAAGCAGAUGGCCAGCUCUGUUCACCGAGAAAGAGGAAUUCCUGCGCAUAUCGACAGUACCGCUGCUAUCUAGAUUCUUUUAUGAGCUAGACUUGUACACUCCACGCAUGAUGGAGCUCUUUCGAGGCAAAGGUGGGGUGGCUGGCAGAAAAAUGAGACACAUCAUGGUGGCCAUCUCCAAGGAUGACACAAUACAUACAAGGCGAGCAUGCAUCCUGAAGUCCUUGUGUGUCUACCUGAAUGAAGACCAUGAGAAACUUGUGAAGGAAUUUACGGUCAGUUACAUUCACAAGAUGUUCUGUGUUAUGUAAUUUGCUGCAGGAGUUAUGGGUAAUUUCGAUAUAUGAAAUGGUAAAAUGUGACACCAGGUGUGAAUAAAAGAUAUUGCAAUUGGUCCUUGUUUUGUUUCAUGUCAAAUUUCUGAGGUGUGAAACCAGA